AUGGGUGGCAGCGUCAAAGCUCUCCAGCGCGCCGGUGAAGAGGUGCACAGGUUGAGGGGCGCACGACUGAGCCGCCCGACCGGGAGAACCCGGUACAUGAGAGCCGGCGGAGCAUGUCUGUGGGGGCGAGGCCACAAGAACUGGUGGGCGAGGCCAGUGCCCCAGAAGGGAAAGGAAACCCCGGCCAUCUGGGCCGACACCACGGACGAUCAGCGCAGCGGCCUGAGGGCACUUGAGGCGCGCUGGCAGUCCAGAGCAGCGGCAGCGGGCACAGGGACUGGGAUCCUGGGAAAGCGGCCCCGGGGGGAGCCCGACCCCUCCUCAUACGCAGCGUGGAUGCGCCCGUCGCGGCAGCGGCCAGCUCCGUGGCGGGAUCGCCAGGUUCUUGCACUGGAGCCUGCAGGCGAGCCAGCACAGUCCCGGGGCCCACCUUCAGACACGGUGGACGCCGCCGCGCCCGCUGCAGGGCAGCCCGCACCUUGGGCGCAUGUGUGGAGGGUCAUUCACACUUCCCAUCUUGACCGGCGGCAGCGCAUCACGGCUUGGCGGCUGCUUCACGGCAAGCUCUUCGUCGGCGCCUUCUCACAGCACAUCCGCCGCCGCAGCUGCGAGAGUCAGCCCGCCACACUAACCCACGUCUUCAUCACUUGCCCCUUGGCAGCAGGAGUGUGGGACUGGCAUGCAGCGACAUGGGCAGCCGUCACAGGGGAGACCGCGCCGCCUCGCAGCACAGACCUGCUGCUGGCAGAUGACACCAGGGUGUGGGAGCCGCCGCAGCAACUCAGGCAUCGCUGGCAGCGCCUCCGCUUAGCUACCAUCUGCCAGCUCUGGGCCGCCUACCAGCGCGGCCGUCAUCAGCCAGACGCCCACACAUCGCCCGGGCAGCUCGCAGCCCGCGUCUUGUCUUCCUGCAGGAAGGCUCUCCUGGCCGACUGGCGACUUGCCACCGCCAACAUUCGGCUGUCAGCGGGCGUGCUCAGCGACUGGCUCCGGGGACGCGACCCCAGACUCAGCCGGGAAGAGUUCACAGCGCGCUGGUGCCACCGCGGAGUCCUCUGCACAGUGGACGCCCUGCCGGACGCACAGCCAGUCAUCCGCUGGAGCGCACAGCGCACCCAGUGCCGCUGCCCGCUUGAUGCUCUCCUCCACCACACAUCGUACCCGGCCUGCCUUGGCCUAAAACAGAGCACUCCCGCAGGAGGAUAA